AUGCAGUUCAACAAUGGUCACGUCAAUGGCUUCAACACUAAUAGUUUUCCUUCUUCCAGUUCAAAUCCGUACCCCGAUUUUCAGGCGUCGGCAGCGUCCAACCAAUACGCGAACAAUAUGGACAUGAGGCAGCCGCUUUCGCAGUCGGGCCACGGAAUGGCCAACCAGAACCAGUGGCCUUUAUAUUCGCAGAACUCGAUGGCCUCAACUCAGAUGCACAAUCCGCAACCGCCUCAGCAGCAAUUCAACUUGCCGUGGUCGGGUCAAAUGCAGAAUCAAUCCUUCACCAACGGUGCAGGAGGCAUGGGAAUGGGGAUGAAUGGUUUCAAUGUAUCUUUCCUUCCUCAACAAGUCCUUCAUGAUGCAGUUGCCAACUCUGCACCUGUUCAAAAGACGGACGAAGACUUGCUCUACAGGGCACUGAUUUCGUGUCAUACCAAGAAUGGGUCGUACAAGGAUGCGUUGAACAGUCUUCACGGGAGAAAUGGCCACUCUGCGAGUCUGUGGAAAGACUACUAUCUUGAUCAUAAAUUUCGUAUAGACCGCGAAAUCAGUAUGUACAUCAACUCCCACAACCCCCUGAUGAACUACCAGCGACCCCAAGUCAAAGUGGUUACUGCAAAGAAACCUUCGAUGGACAGCUUCAAGGUCGAAUCGUCGCCUGUGGCUUCGUCCUCGACCCUUCCACAUCCCAAUGUGCAGCAAGGUCGACAACAAAGCCGGCAGCGUAAAUCAAGUACGCCUGUUUCUGCGACGUCUACAGUUCCUACAGUUGGUCGUCGCAGCACCAUCAAUAGUCUUACGACUCACACCGCUGUCUUUGACCGACAUCUACCACCUCCUCAUGCAGAUCUCAAGAUUCCCGACCCUCCUUCUCGUUCCCCUACCCCUCCAACUAAAGUUGUUCCUCAAGGCCGCGGAAAUAAAUUCACACCUGAGGAUAAAGACUUUUUCCUUAAAUUCAUUCUACGACGACUGAAAGAAGAUCCAAGCUUAUCACGCAACGAUCUAUGUGAAUUACUGGCAGAAAAGGCUCGUGCACCUCAUCAUAGCAGCCAGUCCUGGUAUUCAUAUUGGUCAAACAAUCACGAUAUGCCGGAUAAAAUCCUUGCUGCUGCUCGGGGUGACUCACUUACUGAUGAAGAGGAAUCUGAAGAGGAGAAGAAGCCUUCCACUCGACCUCGUCCUAAGUACCGCGACUUGACUACUUCGGAAGAAGAGGACGACGACGAAGAGGAGGAGGAGGAGGAGGAAGAGGAGGACGCAGAGGGUGACGACGAUAUCGAGGAGGAAGACGAUGAUGAUCUCGUGAUACCGCCUUUCGAUGAAAGCUCAAUGGGACCGAAAGGUGGCCCGUUUACUGAAGCAGACCUAGCAAUUACUGCAAGACACAUCGCCACAUUUGCUGAUUUUGGUGCGGCAAGUUUUCAAGAAAAAUGGGUGCCUUUUGGCGAAAAGUAUACACAAAGAUCGCCAAAAGCGUGGGCGGAAUACUAUCGUCGAAACGAGAACGCUCUUGAGAGGCUCGCUCGGAAGAUCAGAAGGCAAAAUGAAGCAAACGGACAAUCUGGCGGCCAGGCAGCUGGCAAGCGCAAGCUUGACUCACAGGGUGAUGAGGGAUCUGCAGAGCGCUCAAAGCACGCUAAGAUCGAAUCUUGA